AUGGCUGGUGUGCUGGCGAGAGUAAUUCAGAGGACUAAGCCACAAUUGGGCAUUAUUGGCCCUUUGGUGAGCAUCGGUAAUAGUAAUGUUGCUGUUGUACGGUUCCAAAGCGCCGACGCUGCUCCUCAGGGCAAGCAAUGUGGUGCACCACUUUCUGACUGCGACAGAAUCUUUACGAACUUGUACGGGCGUCAUGACUGGAGGUUGAAGGCAGCUAUGGCUCGCGGAGACUGGUACAUGACCAAGGAAAUAUUGCUGAAGGGCAACGCUUGGAUUAUCAAUGAGCUCAAGGUGUCAGGUCUCCGUGGUCGUGGUGGCGCCGGUUUCCCCACUGGUAUGAAGUGGUCUUUCAUGCAGAAGCCUUCGGAUGGUCGUCCUAAGUACCUUGUAGUAAACGCUGACGAGGGAGAGCCUGGUACAUGCAAGGACAGGGAGAUCAUGAGGCAUGAUCCUCAUAAGCUGGUGGAAGGUUGCCUGAUUGCUGGCAGGGCUAUCGGAGCCAUUGCUGCUUACAUCUACAUCAGAGGAGAGUUCUACAAUGAAGCCAGUAAUCUCCAAGUUGCUAUUGCUGAGGCCUACCAAGCAGGUUUGAUUGGUAAAAACGCGUGCGGUUCUGGCUACGACUUCGACGUGUUUGUGCACCGUGGCGCUGGAGCAUACAUCUGUGGCGAGGAGACAGCACUCAUCGAGUCUAUCGAAGGCAAGCAGGGCAAGCCACGUCUAAAGCCUCCGUUCCCCGCUGACAUCGGUCUGUUCGGAUGUCCCACAACUGUCAACAAUGUUGAGACUAUUUCCGUGGCACCUACAAUCUGCCGUCGUGGUGGAGCUUGGUUCGCAUCAUUCGGCCGUCUCCGUAACCAAGGCACCAAGCUGUACAACAUCUCUGGUCACGUGAACACUCCCUGCACCGUCGAGGAGGAGAUGAGCAUUCCUCUCAAGGAGCUCAUUGAAAGACACGCUGGUGGCGUCAUCGGAGGCUGGGACAACUUGCUGGCCGUUAUCCCCGGUGGUUCAUCUACACCUCUUAUUCCUAAAAGUGUAUGCGACACAGUGCUAAUGGACUUCGACGCCUUAGUAGCAGCGAAUUCGGCCUUCGGUACAGCGGCCAUCAUCGUGAUGGACAAGUCCACAGACAUCGUGAAGGCUAUCGCUCGUCUCAUUAUGUUCUACAAGCACGAGUCCUGUGGACAGUGCACGCCCUGCCGUGAGGGAGUGUCCUGGAUGAACAAGAUUAUUUACAGAAUGGUCGACGGAAAUGCUUCGCCUAAAGAAAUCGACAUGUUAUGGGAAAUCUCCAAACAAAUUGAAGGUCACACAAUCUGCGCGUUAGGAGACGGUGCAGCGUGGCCCGUACAAGGCCUUAUUCGACACUUUAGGCCUGAGCUGGAGCGCCGUAUGGCGGCCUACGCCUGUGUCUGCGGGCCAAGCAAGGCCGAACGACUUUACUAG